AUGAAAAUGAGAUCCCAGAGGAAGGAAGGUUCAGAUGUUCAAGACCAGAGAAAUUGGAACACACUCACUGCAGAUGACCGUUCUCCUGAAGACAGCUUCACCCUGAACCCCGAGGACAGAAGAGAAUACCCUGACCUCCAGGCUGCCCACCGGCCAUUCCCUAAGCAGCGAUUCAGGCAGGAAAAUGGGCAUACGUCCUUGCAAAGAGAUGGACCUAGAUCUUUCCUCCUGGAUCUCCCAAACUUCCCUGACCUGUCAAAAGCAGAUAUCAAUGGGCAGAAUCCCAACAUUCAGGUUACCAUUGAAGUGGUGGAUGGCCCUGACACUGAGACAGACAAGGAUCUGCAGAAAGAGAGCAGCAAACCUAGCUGGCCAGUCCCAUCACCCGACUGGAGAAACUGGUGGCAGAGGUCCUCCACGUUGACUCGCAUGAGCAGCGGUGACCAGGACUACAAGUAUGACAGCACUACUGAGGACAGCAACUUCCUAAACCCUCUCGGUGGGUGGGAUAGUCAUGCACCCAGUCACCGGACAUUUGAGUCCAAGGAGCAGCCAGAGUAUGAUUAUAUUGAUGGUGAGGGAGACUGGAGCCCAUGGUCCCUUUGUAGUGUCACCUGUGGGAGCGGCAAUCAGAAGCGGACGAGGUCCUGCGGGUACGCCUGCACUGCCACCGAGUCACGGACCUGCGACAGGCCCAACUGCCCAGGGAUCGAAGAUACCUUCCGGACAGCUGCCACCGAAGUGAGCUUACUUGCAGGAAGUGAAGACUUCAACGCUACCAAACUGUUUGAAGUUGAUACUGAUAGCUGUGAAAGAUGGAUGAGCUGCAAAAGCGAGUUCUUGAAGAAAUAUAUGCACAAAGUGGUCAAUGAUCUUCCCAGCUGCCCAUGCUCGUACCCGAGAGAAGUUGCAUACAGCACUGCUGAAAUCUAUGAUCGAAUUAAGAGGAAAAACUUUCGCUGGAAAGAUGCAAGUGGUCCAAAGGAAAAGCUAGAGAUCUAUAAGCCCACUGCACGAUACUGCAUCCGCUCCAUGCUCUCUUUGGAAAGCACAACACUUGCAGCACAGCACUGCUGCUAUGAUGAUAAUAUGCAACUGAUUACCAGAGGGAAAGGGGCAGGUACACCAAACCUGAUCAGCAUUGAAUUCUCAGCAGAACUCCAUUAUAAAGUGGACAUUCUGCCUUGGAUUAUAUGCAAAGGUGACUGGAGCCGAUACAAUGAAGCACGGCCUCCAAACAAUGGGCAGAAGUGUACAGAAAACCCUUCAGACGAAGACUACUACAAGCAAUUUCAAGAAGCGAGGGAAUACUGAGAAGAUUUUCCUCCUCUUCAGACACAAAAUAGCAUUCGUUUCCUGGAUGCCAAAGAACUGAUAAUGGCUGCUGCAUUGCCUCCUUGACAGGGGUUGAUCAGUUUCUUACUAAUGAAUGUAUAUAGUUGUAAUAUAAUACAUAAGUAUUUUU